AGCAAAGAAAACACGGUGCUUCGCGCGAAGCUAAACGAUCCUCGAAAGGUGUUCACCAUCCCCAAUGCAAUAGAGACAAGGUUUUUCUAUCCGGAUCCUAAUCAGUUUUAUGGUAAUCCAACGACUAUAAUAUUCUUGGGACGGCUGGUCUACAGAAAAGGAGCAGAUCUGCUUUGCGCUAUCAUUCCCGAGGUGUUCACCAUACCCAAUGCAAUAGAGACAAGAUUUUUCUAUCCAGAUCCUGAUCAAUUUUAUGGUAAUCCAACGACUAUAAUAUUCUUGGGACGGCUGGUCUACAGAAAAGGAGCAGAUCUGCUUUGCGCUAUCAUUCCCGAGGUGUGUGCUAGACAUCCAGAUGUUCGUUUUAUCGUUGGUGGAGACGGACCAAAACGGCUAGAGCUUGAAGAAAUGAGAGAAAGAUACCAUCUACACAGCAGAGUCACUUUACUUGGUAUGCUACCUCACAAUAUGGUUAGAGAUGUGCUCGUGAAAGGACAGUUGUAUAUAUGCGAACCGAAACGUUUGAAACGAAAACAUCUGAAACAAAAUUCUUAG